GACUGGCUCUCUCCCUGUGUAGCAGCCUGAGUUGCUUUUGUUACGGUGUAUGUCCUGACGGUUCUGCCCAGGGUUGUACGCUCUUCCUUAUGUGUGACAGCUAUGGCUGAGCGGACACCCUUGCUCAAUUAUAGGCUGUGCGCUGUGCCCGAACCCGGCGGCAGCAACCCCAGCGCUGGCCGGACCAGGAAGGAAGUUCAGCAUCCCGCGCCCAAAAAGCUGUCAACUUUCUUUGGAGUGGUUAUCCCCACCCUGCUGUCGAUGUUCAGUGUGGUGGUGUUCCUACGGAUAGGUUUUGUUGUUGGCCAAGCGGGAUUAUACCAGAGUAUACUCAUGUUCGUUGUGGCAUAUUUCAUCAUAAGCAUGACUGUACUGUCAGUGUGUGCUAUAUCCACUAAUGGAGCAUUGGAUGCUGGUGGUGCCUACUAUAUGAUCAGUCGAGCUUUGGGUCCUGAAUUCGGAGGCAGUAUUGGAAUCAUGUUCUUCUUUGCUAAUAUAUGUGGAAGUGCUCUCUAUGUUUUGGGACUUGUUGAGUCUAUUGUUGACAUUUUUGGGUUGUCACCAACAGGGCUAAGCACGAGCAGUAUUCAGGUUCUCCCUCAGUCCUACUGGUAUGAACUUCUCUACGGCACAGUGAUACUUAUUUUCUGCCUUCUUGUGUGCUUAGUUGGAGCUGACAUCUAUGCAAAAGCGUCCUUCAUAAUUUUCCUCAUUGUCAUUCUGGUACUUGGCACAAUAUUCAUCAGCUUUUUUGCAGUGUCACCAAAGUCUAUUAACAUCACAAUAUCCUUGGGGAAUAUCUCAGAGGCUUCAUUCACUGGAUUUAAACUGUCUACUCUGAAGAGUAAUCUUCCACCUCAAUAUGUAGAAGACUACACAACUGGCAAGGUGAUGAGUUUCGCUGCUGUCUUUGCAGUAAUGUUCAAUGGGUGCACUGGUAUCAUGGCUGGAUCCAACAUGUCAGGUGAUCUAAAGAACCCCAGCUAUUCUAUUCCCCGAGGCACUAUUACAGCAGUAAUUUUUACAUACAUCGUAUAUAAUAUUUUAUGUCUCAUGAUCAGCUGCACUUGUGAGAGAUUGCUUCUUCAAAAGGAUUAUGAUUUCCUCAAAGACAUUAAUGUCUGGCAUCCCUUUGUCAUAAUUGGAGUCUACUCUUCAACUAUAUCAGCUGCAAUGAGCAAUUUGAUUGGAGCUUCUAGAAUUCUCUAUGCACUUGCAAAGGACGAUAUAUUUGGAAAGCUUCUCAUCCCUGCAAAGAAAACCUCACGUGGUGGAAAUCCUUGGGCUGCUGUGUUGAUUUCAUGGGUGUUAGUACAGCUUGUGUUGUUUACUGGAAAGUUGAAUACUAUUGCUGGAAUAGUGACCAUCUUUUUUCUCUUGGUCUAUGCUGCUGUGGAUCUAGCAUGCCUGGCAUUGGAGUGGGCUUCUGCACCAAAUUUCAGGCCAACCUUUCGCUACUUCACCUGGCAUACUUGUGUGUUAGGCAUCAUUGGCUGUGGGAUUAUGAUGUUCCUGAUUAGCCCAAUAUAUGCAUCAUGCAGUGUUGCAUUCAUGCUGAUACUGUUGCUGGUCCUUCAUUAUGUAUCACCUUCAAGCAGCUGGGGUUACAUCAGCCAAGCUCUAAUCUUUCACCAGGUUAGAAAGUAUCUUCUGAUGCUAGAUGUUCGUAAAGAUCAUGUCAAAUUCUGGCGCCCACAAAUUCUGCUGAUGGUUGCCAAUCCCAGAACAUGUACUCAACUGAUCAGUUUCACCAAUGACCUAAAGAAGAGUGGACUGUAUGUGCUGGGUCAUGUACAAAAAGGAAAUUUGGAUGAGAUGCCUUCUGACCCUCUUCAAGCACAAUAUGAUUCCUGGCUAAGUUUAGUUGAUGCACUGAAUGUAAAAUCAUUUGUCAGCCUUACGCUGUCUGACUCAGUACGUCAUGGAGUUCAACAUCUUUUAUUCAUCUCUGGUCUAGGUGGAAUGAGACCGAAUACUCUCAUCCUCGGUUUUUAUGAUGACUGCGUUCCUGAGGAUGGUUUAGAACAAAUUCCAGCAUUUUCAUGUAGUAGGUCUUCUAUCACAAGUGGACAAGAUGGCAACUUGCAGCCUAAUUUUCCUCCAGCCAGAGAUGCUUCUUCAUCAAAGGCACUGUCAGGCAAAGAGUAUGUGGCCAUUAUUUCUGAUUCCAUCAAAAUGUUAAAAAAUGUUUGUUUAGCCCGAUACUUCUGCCAGUUAAACAAAGCACAACUGUUUGGUUGCAAGAACUAUGAGGUCUCCAUUGAUGUGUGGCCACUCAAUCCACUUCGCCCUGACAGUGCUAAUUAUGUUGAUACUUGCAGCCUGUUUCUGUUACAAAUGGCAUGUAUUCUUAACAUGGUGCGCUCCUGGAGGUCAGCCAAACUACGUAUUUUUCUGUGUGUUGAAUCUGGAAAUAGUGUCGGAGAGCAGGAGAAAAAGCUAAAACAACUUUUACGUCAGCUGCGUAUCAAAGGUUCGAUUAAAACUCUGCACUGGGAUAGUGUUACUGCCCUUCACUGGCACAAACAGAUGGUUCAUGAAGAUGGCUGUGAUGGUAGUUUUGCAAAUAACUUCCCAUCAAAUGCAAUGAAAAUCUCUGAUGACUAUCUGAAGGCUGUAAACAGGAUGAUUUUAGAGCACGGUGCCCAUCCAGCUAUCCGAUUUCUCUACCUGCCACGACCUCCUGCUAAUAUUGCAUUGCAUGAAAGAUACCUGGAGCAGCUUGACAUAAUGACCAAAAACCUGGGUCCUACUCUGUUAAUUCAUGGAAUUAGUGCAGUCACCAGUAUAGAUCUUUAGAUCCAUUGAUUGUGGAAAUUAAGAACACUAACAUAUGUAGUAGUUAAGUUGCUCAUAAAGGGGAGGAUAGGAAAUGUUUGUUACAACAAAAACAGCCAAAUUUUACAAUAGCUCACACUUAGCUUGAGCAAAAGCAUUGAGAUUAUGCUCAGUUUUGGUGCAGUUUUUCUUUUUCCCUUAUUUUUCCCUACUACUCUCAACGUAAGACAAAGGUGUUAUGUUGUUGCUCUAUUCAUCUGCAUUCUUUCUUUACUUUGACAGGAUGUCAAUAUAUCAGCAAGGUGAGCAUUUGUUGCCCUUCCCUAAUUGCUCCUUGCCAUGCUAUUUCAGAGGGCAUUUGAGGGUUAGCCGCAUGGUUGUGGCACUGAAGUUACAUGUAGUACAGACUAUGUAAGGACUGUAGAUUUCCUUCCCUAAAGGAUAUUAGUGAACCAGUUUUUUUAAAAAAAAAGACAAUUAACAAUAGUUUCACAAUUACAAUUACUGAGCCUAACUUUCUUCUGGAUUUAUUAGUUGAAUUUAAAUUGCGCCAGCUACCAUGAUGCACCCAUGUCCUCAGAGCAUGAGCAGGUUGAGUCCAGUAACAUUACAAUGACACUUGUCAUUUAAGUAAUGCUCCACCAAAUUUGGUGAGCCUGAGAAGCAUUGAGUUUUGAAAAUGGGCACUGAGAACUGUCGGCACAUCGGAGUCAUGAAGAAAAGGUUCUGUUCCAUCUCCUAAAUAUGUAGCAAAAGAAAAAUCAUCGACUUUUAUUCGGUUUUCUCAAGUACUUUCAUUCAUCAAAUAUUGGGCUCAUAUAUAAACUUAUAUAAAUGUCUGAUCGCAGCAACAAUAAUCUGAAAUAAUUAAUUGGAUUUUUGCUACAUAUACAGGUAACUCGAUGCAUUCUGGCAGGAUGUAUGAUAGAAAUCAUGAAAGGAACAUUUUAUGAUAUGAGAAAUGCUAAAUUUAUGAUUUGGAAAAUGGACAAAUAAUUGGUAUGGAUUCAAAGUACAUGUUUAACUGUGAACAAAUAGUGCUCACUUUGAGGAUGAUGCCUCUUUGUUUCCAUUUUAAUGGUAUUUUAUAUGCUUACAUUUUGUCACAAUAUUUUUGCUUAUGUUUGCUUCCUUUUUUGUAUGCUGGUUCCAUGACAAACAUCUCAAAUGAGAAGUCAUACAUUUUAAUUGGUUCUCCUAAAACCUGGGGCUGGAUUUAACGUUAGUGACAGGAUUCUGGAAAUCUAUAUCAACUCCCUGGAGUAGGACUGGCCAAACACGAGAGCCGUUACUCAAUCAGGUGUGGCAGCUUUUCACCAGGAGCAGGGAUUUCACUGGAGGACAUUGUUGAAUCCCAGGACUUGAAUAAGUGAGGGCAAGAUUUUAGUCAUAGGGAGGGAGACCCAGAAGCAAGGAGCAGAGGAGCAGUUUCCAGUUUGACCUAUUUACCAAUACUGGGGGCUUAACAUCAAAGGGACAUGACAGUUGACCACUGGCCAGCCACCGGGGUCUUUGGGGUCUCCAUUAGAGGGCACAGGAAAGUCAUGUGGCUCUCGUUUUAAACCCUGAGCCUAACUGAUGUCUACUAUGGAAGAGUUUCUCAAAUCAGUGCUUUCCUGUGCCAUUUCAGUCAGCUUUCCUGCUGCUUAGAGACAGAUUGUGGGCCUAGCUGUCACAGCUGACAUCAAAUGCCAUCCUUAGUUUUACUGGUUAUAUAUUGUCGAAACGACAAUUCAUUUCCAUGCAUCACAGUAAAGUUAGUGAUUGUAGCUCAUUUUCUAAUGACUUUUAAAGCCAUUUCUACUGCCUGAAAGAUUACAGAUGAGGAUGUCCAAGAUACCAUGGAGCUUUGAGAGCACUUGUAGAAUUUUAAUUAAUAUACAUGGUAAUUUGUAUGGAUUUCAUCUUGCAGACGUCAAAGAUCCCAUUUUCUGAUUCAGAAUGACAUCAACAAUAAUGCAAACACCCAGCUCCUCAAACUGGGGAAGUUGCACAUGAACAAAUCUUAAAGUACAACCACCAACUGACCUGAGCUAACUUGGUCAUGCUCUGGGCCACAUACCACUGACUAUUUAUAAUUUCCCCAAGUGUGAACUCAAACCAAGUGCAAGAUACAAUCUGUUCCCUGGUGUAAAAGGAACAAAUGCUGACAAUAAGCUUGGGGUUUUUUUUUUUAAAAAACCUGCUUUUAAUUGUUCAUGGGAAGAAAUUGAUUUUCUAAAGAUUGGAGCACUGUUACAUGGCUAAUGUGUUGCUAUGUCAAUGCUUCAACUGGUUUUUGACAAAUUGUAUCUCACAGUGCUAGUGUGUCAGGUAGGUUGAAAAGUUAGCAAAGGAAUUUCUUGUUGUAUUAAGCAAUAGACUAAGGUUGUCAUACUGAAAUUGCUGGAGAAACUUGGCAGAUCUGACAGCAUCUAUGGAGAGAGAGAGAGAGAGAAAGAUAGUUAAUAUUUUAAGCCCUGUAACCCUCCUUUAGCAGUUUGGAUAUGGUUUUUCCAGCAAUUUCUGUUUGUUUCAGAUCUCCAGCAUUUGCAGUUCUUUGUUUCAUUUAGAGUUUGUAACAGUCUGAUCACACCCCUUAAUACAUCUGGCUGGUUAUAUAUCCACAAACUUUGGCUUUCAUCUGGAAAAAUUGUGUUUUUAAGUCCAGCUAGACAAGUUCAUACUGUGGAAUUAUUGACCUUAUUUCUCCCUUUAAAAUUUACAGUUCAAGCCUAAAUACAACCAGACUUCUUGUUUGGUCCAUCACCAUGAAUGUAUUUAGUUUCAAUUUGCCAAAUUUCUCAAUAGGAAUAACUGUUUUAGGGUCAAACAGACAGGCUUCUAAGGUGGUUGGUGUCGUUUCAGUAGUGCACACUUGCUGUUCUUUUGCUUUUAUUUAAUUUGAAACAAAAGCAGUUUAAGUGGGGAUGUGUUGGUGAGAUGGAAUAACAAAAGUAGAGUAAAUAAUGAGCAAUGGGCAUUAUUGCACAUUUACCACUGACACUAUUAUAGGAUACCUAAAUGUAGAAAUCUUCCCAAUCAACAUAGCAUGAGCAAAACUUAAUAAAAUAUAAAUACCUGUCCUUUAUGUAUUUUUAUUCAUUUAAAUGUAAAUAUUUAUUUGUAAUUAGCAUGAACAAUAAGAAAUCCAUGGAUAUAGAUGAUAAUACUGUUUUCGGGCUAGUGCACCAGAGCUAUUUUCAGGGUCUAGACAUAGUUUGGUUAUAAGGUUCCCCUGUAUUUUCCAAAUAGCAUGUAGGACAGUAAUUCAAAAUAAAUAAAAAAAUUGAAGGGGGAGAAAUUUUAUUUUUGUAACAACGACAAAUUAAUGAAUAGGCUUGGCAGUUCUGGCACGUGUCCAUGGAGAGGAGUCUGGUUCAGUGACCCUUCCUUAGAACUGAUAGUAGCUAGGAAAAAAUGCUAUGCUUGUGUUUGUUAAGAGAAAACAAAUUUCAGAAUGUUCUGUUGGUUUUAAGUGUUAAUUUCUUUUCAACGAUGUACUAUCAUUUUCACUCAUUCAGUCGCCCACCCAUCCCAUCCCAUCCCAAUCACCACCUCUUGCUUCUCCAUGUUCCUCCAUGCACUUGCACUUUGGUCCUGCCCCAUGGUGCCAUAGUGCCUGUAUUUAUCUUGGAUCUUGCCAUGCAUCCUCUAUAUUGUUUCACUUAGUUUCCAGUGUGGACAGAACUCCUCAACCCUGUAGUAACACUGGAAAAUCUUUGAAUUUUUCAUGAAGCUGCCAGAAUAAACAGACAUCCAAAAACCUGUUCAAAAUGCUUUAAUCCUAUUAUAAACUCUCAAAAUUGUCAAAAGAUAAUCCAUUCGAGCUCCCUUGCUAAAUGUCUCCUUUUUUAGUGCCCAUAGCUCUGUUAAAAUAAGAAAUAAAAAUUUCUUCCAAACACUUCAGUUUUAUUGUUUGGUCAUUAAGCUGUCAAACAAGACAGUCCCCUUCACAGCUAUGUCAACAACACCUGCUAAGCUAAAUCAUUAGUAGGGCUUGGAACUCAUCCAAGCAGUCAUAACAAGAUUCCAUUUCUCAACUAAACGAACAAACCCAGUAGAGCGCAAUCGCAAUGUGAUACAGUCUUUGAAGUUGCAUAAGCUGGUGGCCAUCUGUUCAUUUCAAAAAAUGUUCAAAUGAACCUCAGUGUAAAAAUAAAAGCAUAAGAUCCAGAUAUUAAAUAAGCAUUCUAAGUUUGAUACAGUUGAAUGAAGAAUACUUUAUCCAUGCAUACUUGUAUGUGUGUAUCCAAAUGCAUGAGGAAAAAUGCCUCAGUCCAUUCAGCCUGUCCCUAUAGCUCAAACCCUGCCGUCACAGCAACAUCCUUGUAAAAGUGGCCUCGCUAGUGUCCUGUACAGCUAUAACAUAACAUCCUAGCUCUUAUAGUCAAUGCACUGACCAGUGAAGGCAAACAUGCCAAAUGUUUCCUUCACUACCCUGUCUACUUGUGACUCCACUUUCAAGGAACUAUGUAACUGUACCUGUAGGUCUCUUUGUUCAGAAAAACUCCCUGGGGUCCUACCAUUAGCUGUAUAAGCCCCGCCCUGGUUUGCCUUACCAAAAUGCAACACCUCACAUUUAUCUAAUUUAAACUCCAUCUACCACUCUGUGGCCUAUUGGCCCAUCUGAUCAAGAUCAUGUUGUGCUGAGAUGACAGUUUGCAAACUUACUAACUGUACUUCCUAUAUUCACAUCUAAAUUGUUUAUAUGAAUAAUGAAAAGCACCAAUCUUUGUGGUGCACCACUGGUCACAGGCCUUUAUCAUCUCCCUUAGUCUCCUACCUUCAAGCCAAUUUUGUGUCCAGUUAGCUAGCUCCCUUGGAUCUCAUGUGAUCUAACCUUACUAACUAGUCUAUUAUUGCAUAGCCUUGUUGAAUGCUAUGCUGAAGUCCACAUAGACAACUUCUACCACUCAAUCUUUCUUGCCACCUCUUCAAAACACUUAAUCAAGUUAAUGAGACAAUUUAUCAUACACAAAGCCAUCCCUAAUCAGUCCUUGCCUUUCCAAAUGAAUGAAAAUUCUGACCCUCAAUCCCUCCAAGAGCUUACUCACCACUGAUGCGAGGGUUAAUGGGAACUGCAGAUGCUGGAGAAUCCAAGAUAAUAAGGUGUG